AUGACGGAAACGAACAUCACUCUCUACACCACUCGCACCCCCAACGGCCAGAAGGCUUCGAUCGCACUGGAGGAGCUCGGGCUCAACUAUAAAGUUCAUGCCAUAGACCUGUCCAAGGACGAACAGAAGGAGCCGUGGUUCCUUGAGAUCAAUCCCAACGGCCGCAUCCCUGCCAUCACGGAUACAUUCACCGACGGCAGCGCCAUCCGCGUCUUUGAGAGCGGUUCCAUCCUGCAGUACUUAGCCGAUCGUCAAGCAAACCACUUCUUCCGAUACGCUCCUGAGAAAAUCAAGUACGGCAUCGACCGCUACCAGAACGAGACCCGGCGCCUGUACCGUGUCAUGGACAAGCAUCUCAGCGCCUCGGCGUCCGGGUUCCUCGUCGGUGACCACUGCACCAUUGCGGACAUUGCGUGCUGGGGCUGGGUCGCCAGUGCUUCGUGGGCGGGCGUCGACAUCGAUGAAUUCCCCGCGCUCAAGGAAUGGAAAAUGCGCUGCUGGGCCCGACCUGCCUUCGUGACCGGCCACGGUGUACCUGCGCCUAAGGAGCAGCAGGAGAAGAAAUCGGAGGAGGAGCACGCCAGGGAGGCGUCCAACUGGAUUAUGAGGGGGAUGAAGGAGGACGCGGCGAAGAAGUGA